CAUGGACAAGCCAACGUGCAGGCGUUGAGGCUCUUGCUGCCACCUACUAACACUGUCGAUGAACAGCAGCUCACGGAAGUAUCGCGCGCCAUUUGCGCCUCUAGACACGCUCUCGUCACCCCAGAAGCCGGCCUACGCCCCGCUUGCGACGCCUGCAUCCUCCUUCUACGGCGAUUCCAGCUCGCUGUUCGACGAGGCCUCCAGCCCAUACGCCCCUCCGCCCAGCACGCAAUCCAGGAUGGUGCGCGAGCGCGAGCCGACAGCGCUGCCGCCGCGCCCUGAGGCGCAGAAGCCAGCACCCUCUGCUGGCAUGCAAGAGCGGAUUGCAGCACCGCAGUUCGGCCAGGCCAGUCCGCUACGCAACCCGCUCAGGCAAGACAAGCCGAAGCAUUCGCAUCUGUUCAACGUCCCCAGGCCUGGCCAGCCGAGGCCAGAGCACCACCAAGCACCCGCCCGCGUCCCCAACCCGCAGACUCUUCCAUCAUACAAGCCCCCGCAGUUUGUCUCAGCACAGCCGCAGCCCGCCGCCAAAACAGACGCUUUCGGUCGACCGCUCGAUGACGACUUCUUCGAGAUCCCGGCCAGCAGCUUUCAGCCCCGACAGUCGCAAAGCGUAGCAGUGCCCCGCCCAUACAACCCGCCCGCGCAAACCGUACAGCCGCCGCCGCGAUCUCUCUACUCGUCCAUCGGCCACAGCAACGGCUUCCAGCCGGUGAACAAGGGCGCGCACAACCCUCUGCAAGACGCCCGGAAGACAGUUAUUCUGGACGACGAGGAUGACUUCGAUCCUGACGCAGCCGUGUUCGCAGACCGCGGCCGAUUCGGCGCACCCGACCUGGACGCCUACGUCGAUCAGGGACAAGCGAGUGAGAACAUCAAAGCGCUCCUUGAGGGUGCGUUGGACGGGGACGACGAGAAGAUUCCUCGCACACGAGGGCGAAAGAAGAAGAAGCAACAGGCGAAGGAUGCUGCGAACUCGCUGGCCGACCGGCUUAAGGCGCUGGAAGUUCAGGACGAGGAAGCCAAGGCUGAGCCCAAGGACGAGGGGGAGGGGGAGGAGGAGGCAGACGAUGAGGAGGACGACGGCUUUGUUGACGGUCUCAAGGUCAGCCUGUUGCCACAUCAAGUCGAUGGUGUCGCGUGGAUGAUUGAGAAGGAGACCGGCGCACACAACAAGCGAGGCAAGCUGCCCAAGGGUGGAGUCUUGGCCGACGACAUGGGUCUGGGAAAGACUGUGCAGUCGAUGGCCCUCAUCCUAUCGAACCCUCGACCGGAGAAGGGCGCCGAGCCAGAGAACAAGAAGAACAAGAUCCUGGAUGUUGUCGGCAAGGGCACGCUCGUCGUCGCUCCGUUGGCACUGAUCAAGCAGUGGGAGUCUGAGAUCAACACCAAGGUCGCAAAGUCUCACGCACUCAAGGUUCUGGUCCACCACGGCCCCAACCGCACAAAGUCGGCCGACAAGCUCAAGCAGUAUGAUGUUGUCAUCACAACCUACCAAGUCCUUGCAUCCGAGCAUGCCCAAUGCGGAGACGGCCCUGACGGCCUCAAGAAGGGUUGCUUUGCCGUGCACUGGUACCGCAUGAUGCUCGACGAGGCACACACCAUCAAGAACCGCAACGCGAAGAUGACCAAGGCCUGCUACGAGGUUCGUUCGCAUUACCGCUGGUGUCUGACCGGCACACCAAUGCAGAACAAUCUCGAUGAGCUGCAGAGUCUGAUCAAGUUCCUCCGCAUCCAGCCCUAUUGUGAGAUGUCGAGUUGGAAAGACUCCAUCACUGGUCCCAUGAAGAACGGUCGUGGCAACCUUGCUAUGCGACGACUGCAGAUCUUCCUCAAGGCUUUCAUGAAGCGCCGAACCAAGGACGUGCUCAAGAAGGACAGAGCGCUGACUUUCGGCGGCAAGGCCAAGGACGGCGCAGAGAAACCAGCCUUCCAGAUCGUUGCGCGAAACGUCGAGACCAUCAUAGGAGAGUUCACGGCCAAAGAGCGCGCGUUCUACGAUCGCCUAUCUACGCGUGCGCAGGACCGCCUCGAGGAGCUCAUGGGUGGUGAGAAGCAGGAUUACAUUGGGGCUUUGGUGUUGCUGCUUCGUCUGCGACAAGCUUGCAAUCACCCUAACCUUACCAAGAGCAAUGUCAAGGACGAUAAGGAUGCGCUGACUACCGGAUCGAAGCAAGGACCUCAGACCGGUUUCCAGACCCCUCGCAAGGCCUCCAAGGGCGACGAUGCUGAUGAUCUUGCGGAUCUGCUGGGCGGCUUGAGUGUUGCGACCAAACGCUGUGACCUGUGUCAACGCACACUGAAUCGCGACAACGCCGCGAAUGGUGCCAUUCGUUGCAACGACUGUGAGGAGGAUCUCAAUGUUUCGUCAAAGAAGUCAAAGAAGCACAAGAAGAAGCCUCGCAAAGACAAGCACGAGUCCGACAAGAUUAAGAAGCCUUCCAAGCCACUAGUCAUCGAGGACCAUGACGAAGAUGAUGAAGAAGACCAUGUAGUCCGACCCGCAAAGUCGUCUCGCCAGCGCCGCGUCGUCGUAGACAGCGAUGACGAAGAAGAAGAAGAAGAAGAAGAAGAAGAAGAAGAAGAAGAAGAAGAAGAGGGCGAAUGGCUAGUGCCUGAGGACCAGCAACAUUCUGAACUCCUGGGCAAGGCCGGUGGCACAGACGAUGAGGAUGCUGAAGGCGGUGGAGAUACACUGGCAUCCAUCGACUCUCAAGCAUCCGUGAGUGUCGAUGAUAGCAAGAGCAACCUUGACUCUUUCAUCGUGCAUGACACCGACAGCGAGGACGAGGCGCCGGUGGUCCGCAAGAAGUUGUUCACGAACUCAAAGCCACGAACCGUCAACCUCGUGUCCGACAACGAGGACGAUUCAGCUACAGAAGCAGACUCCGCGUCAGACUCGGGCUCAGACGACGAAGACGCCUCAGCUUCCGAGACCGAAGAGUCCGACUCCGACUACAACACCUCAGACCUCGUCCCCUCAACCAAAAUCCGCCAACUCCUCCAGAUCCUCGAGAAAGAAACACCCGACCACAAAGUCAUCGUUUUCUCGCAGUUCACUUCCAUGCUCGACCUCAUCGAACCGUUCCUCAAGCGCGCAGACUUCAACUUUACGCGUUACGACGGCAGUAUGCGGAACGACCUGCGCGAAGCCAGCCUGCAGAAGCUGCGCGAAGACAAGCGCACCAGGGUGCUGCUGUGUAGUCUCAAGUGCGGAAGCUUGGGUCUCAACCUCACAGCCGCCAGCCGUGUGGUCAUCAUGGAACCAUUUUGGAACCCCUUCGUCGAGGAACAAGCAAUAGACCGCGUCCACCGCCUCAAUCAAACCGUCGACGUAACCGUGUACCGUCUCUCCAUCCACAACUCCGUCGAAGAGCGAAUUCUCGAGCUGCAGGAAGCGAAAAGGAAACUCGCGCAGGCGGCUAUUGAGGGCGGCAAAGCCAUCGGCAAGUUGAGUAUGAAGGAUAUUUUGAACUUGUUCAAGAGGGAGGCGGAGUAUGAUCAUACAAACGUGGAUCAGGCAGAGGAGCAGGACAUCUUCGCUAAGAGGAGGGUGCUUGAGAGUGCUGAGGUUGGCGGAAGGGGCGAGACGACGGCGCCACGUCCCGCGCGGAAGGCGGGGAGUUUGGGGUUUAGGAAGGAGAGGAAGGAGGACAGUGUUUAUGGUCGCCGUUGAGGGUUUUUGGGCACGAAAUGCAUAGGACUGCAUGAUUGAUGAUGGGCGUUGAGGUGUGCUGGGUACUGGUUUUGGGUAUGGCGGCAUGAUAGAUGGGCGUUAUAAGACUUGUUCACGACUUCUCAAUCUUCCUACUUUCAUC